CCCCCAUCCACCACCAAAGUAACUGGGUGAGCUCCACACCUUGCUGCCUUGAACUCCAACACAGCAAGUCUGAAAGUUACAACCCAAUUCUGCAUACUGCUAGGAAGUUCUGCCUUUUCUUCUCUUUUGAGUCUCCUGUACUUCCCAAAAUUUCCCCUCCUCCUGUGCCCUCUUCGCCCCCCUCCUUUGGGGGCCCUGUGACCCUGAAUGUGGGGGGCACACUAUAUUCCACCACUUUGGAGACCCUGACCCGCUUCCCAGACUCCAUGCUGGGGGCAAUGUUUAGGGCCGGCACCCCCAUGCCGCCCAACCUCAAUCCCCAAGGAGGCGGCCACUAUUUCAUCGACCGGGAUGGCAAAGCCUUCCGACACAUCCUCAAUUUCCUGCGGCUGGGCCGCCUGGACUUGCCCCGUGGAUACGGAGAGACAGCACUUCUCAGAGCAGAAGCUGACUUCUACCAGAUCCGGCCCCUCCUGGAUGCCCUUCGGGAACUGGAGGCCUCUCGGGGGACCCCUGCACCCACAGCUGCCUUGCUCCACGCAGAUGUAGAUGUCAGCCCCCGCCAGGUGCAUUUCUCUGCUCGCCGGGGCCCACACCACUAUGAGCUGAGCUCGGUCCAGGUGGACAUCUUCCGGGCAAACCUCUUCUGUACGGACUCCGAGUGUCUGGGUGCUAUGCGGGCCCGAUUCGGUGUGGCCAGUGGGGACAGGGCAGAGGGAGGCCCACAUUUUCGUCUGGAGUGGGCGCCCCGCCCUGCGGAACUCCCUGAGGUGGAGUAUGGGAGACUGGGGCUGCAGCCCCUGUGGACCGGGGGGCCAGGAGAGCCGCGGGAGGUGGUGGGCACACCGAGCUUCCUGGAAGAGGUGCUGCGUGUGGCUCUGGAGCACGGCUUCCGCCUAGACUCCGUCUUCCCUGAUCCUGAAGACCUGCUCAACUCCCGGUCUCUGCGCUUUAUCCGCCACUGAAAAUGCUGUCCUCAGUUUGAUUGUGGGGAGGAAAGGGAAUGGGGCAGCUAACAGGGAAAAGGUUCUCCUAAAGCCUCUUUCUAGCUCUGCCUCAGGAGCUAUGAGAGUCAGGGGUCCCACUGCACCUGACUGGAGCCCAGAUGUGGGCAGGAAUUCCCAAACCUGAGCAUCACAAUAGUCCAGAGGGUCUGGACUGGUGCUGACCCUGGGUGGGCAUGGAAGGUUCUCUUGACUGUUCUCACCUAAGGCUAGGGACUGCCAGUCUCUCCUUGGAGCUCAGUAUUUAGGGGUCUAGAAAAGUGGGGACCAUCUCUUUGUCCAUGCUACACCCAGCAGAACACUGGGGGGACUUGGGGUCUGAGGGAAAAGGGGGACUUUGCACUGCCCCAGUAUGGCCUCCUGGACCAUGGCUUCUCCUGAAGCUGAGUGGCCUGGCCUGGCCUGGCCAAUGAGAAUCCAGAACACUGUGGAACAUGGGAGGGGGGGUUCUUUGCAGUGUCCCAAGCCACCUACUGAAGGAGACAGAAAGGCCACACCCCAUCCUAGGUUGGCAUAAGGGAGCUAGGAGAGUCCCCAUUAGCAAUGGGGCUGGAGCACCUCUCUGGAAUUCCAAGUAUUUUGAAGGAUCCCAUAUGGAGGGUGGGGCUGGCCAUGGGAAGGAGGGGGGUAUCUUUUUGGUCCUGGCCUUACUUACUUCGUGUGUGUGUGUGUGUGUGUGUGUGUGUACCAGUUUGUCUACCUGAUGUGCGGUUCCCUGGCAUCCUUGUCUCCAUCUGUGUUGCUGGCUACAGUGUCUAUGUGCUGGUCGUUCUGUGGUCUCUGCAUGUCCAGGCCUGUUUGGGGUUGCCCCACAACUGUUCUGGUACAGGGUGUGUCUGUGGUAUAUGUGUGAGUAGACUGAGAAUUAAUAGUUUAAUUACAGGGUGUGUAUAUGCAUGUGUGUUUAUGUGCACGCAUGUACACACAUCACCAUCUAGGCAGGAGGGGCCUGUUGGGGUUUAAGUCACUGGGAUCUUCCUGGUGAGAGGUAAGAGGAGUCACUGGGCUUAGCUAGGACUCUGAGGCCUGUACGAACUCCUGGUUGCUGAGGCAACCAUAGGCCUCUUGCUAGGAGACAGCUGGGGGAGGCCCAACGCUGCCCAGUGCAGGGAGGAGAUGAAGAGUUUGGGGGAGUGAGGGGGACAUGGGAAGGGAUGGGAUACUCAUGCACAGCUUCUGCACUGGGGCAUCACUCAUUGUUCAUCACUGGUCAUGAUUUACAAGAAGAAAAAUAAAAUUGCUUUUGGAAC